AUGCGUUGGGAGAGAUCACCGAACAAGAGAACCCAUUCAGCCGGUUUUCUCAGUGAGAGAGAUGAGGGCAUUUUCGGCAGGAGGGUGAUUUGGCUGAGCGACGAAGACAAAUCCAAGGGCUACGCUGUGGAUUUCUCGUCGAUUUCGCUUCACGCCGUGUCGAGGGACCCCGAGACGUACCCAUCGCCUUGUAUCUACGCUCGGAUUGAGACAGAGGAGGAUCAUGAUGCAGUUUCUGAGGACCCAGAUUCAGAAGGUGCAGAGGCUGUGGAGCUAUCAAAGAUCGCUGAGAUGAGGCUUGUGCCUUCUGAUCCUAGUCAAUUGGAUACCUUAUUUGACAUUUUCUGUCAAUGUGCUGAACUAAAUCCUGAACCUAAUGAAGAUGGAGAGGAAGAAAAUACCUGGUUUUUUGGUGAUAAAGAUAUGGCUGUUGAUGGCAUCGGAAAUGAUUCUGAGUGGCAGUUUUUAGAGAAUCUUGCCAAUCCUAUUGGGUAUGCAAAUGGAGAUCAUGAUCUUGCUCAAACAAUAUUAGAGGUGAAUUUCUUGAGAUUUUGUUAUGACACUUGUAAACUCCAGAAGUUGUCUUUUGAAGUUUAUUCUUAG